AUGGGAUCCAACUGCACAAGCAAGGGGCGUUCGGCAGCCAGGGUUCAGGCUGGAGAGCUGCGGCCCAGGGGGUCAGCUCGGUUUAUAACGUGUGAGAAGUAUGGUUCACAUGCGGAGGCUUUUUGCAAUGAAUGGGGGGCGGGGCUCUGGUGUAAUCAGGAAAGAGGAGAUAGGGCGAAGGCAGGGGGCGGGGCGCAGCUGGAACGCACGAGGCCGGAAGUUUUGCGUCACACAACAGCCUCCCAGAGUCGGGUGUGUGACAUCUGGCGGAGGACAUCUCGGGUCAGCCCCCAGAAACAGAUCACUUUCUCACAGUCUUCAAUGGGAAAGAAGAGGAGACCCGUCAUUGAGGACAUCUUAGAUCUCACCCUGGAAAUCAUCUACCUGCUGACUGGGGAGAUUCACACAUUGGUGAAUGAGACGACAGGCUGCAGUGUGACACCCAGCAGCCGUCCCCGUAUGUCAAAAGAAUGGACCAAGACCCAUAGCCCCCUCCCGGUGCCUCCAGCUCACUCACUGAUACAUGAGAGACACAAUGACCGGAAGAUCCUGGAUCUCACCAACAAGAUCAUUGAGUUGCUGACUGGAGAGGUUCCUAUAAGGUGUGAGGAUGUCACUAUCUAUUUCUCCAUGGAGGAGUGGGCGUAUAUAGAGGAACACAGGGGUGUGUACAAGGACGUGAUGAUGGAGAAUCACCGGCCCCUCACAUCACUGGAUGGGGCCAGUAGCAGGAAUACCCCAGAGAGAUGUCCCCGUUCUCUUUAUUCCCAGGAUAAUACAGAGGAGAAUCACAGUGUCCCACAGGAGGGUCAGGGUGAAGAUUUGAUUAAUUUUAAAACAGAAGAUAUACAGGGAGAAGAAGAGACGUAUGUGACUGAUAUAAAGGCAGAAGAUAUAGAGACGUAUGUGACUGAUAUAAAGGAAGAAGAUAUAGAGGGAGAAGAAGAGACGUAUGUGACUGAUAUAAAGGAAGAAGAUAUAGAGGGAGAAGAAAAGACGUAUGUGACUGAUAUAAAGGAAGAAGAUAUAGAGGGAGAAGAAGAGACGUAUGUGACUGAUAUAAAGGAAGAAGAUAUAGAUGGAGAAGAAGAGACGUGUGUGACUGAUAUAAAGGAAGAAUAUAUAGAUGGAGAAGAAGAGAUGUAUGUGACUGAUAUAAAGGCAGAAGAUAUAGAGACGUAUGUGACUGAUAUAAAGGAAGAAGAUAUAGAUGGAGAAGAAGAGACGUGUGUGACUGAUAUAAAGGAAGAAUAUAUAGAUGGAGAAGAAGAGAUGUAUGUGACUGAUAUAAAGGCAGAAGAUAUAGAUGGAGAAGAGAUGUAUGUGAGGGGUGAUCAGCAGUGUAAAGAGGAAGAGGAGACGCAUGUGAUGAUAGAUCAGCGUAAAGAGGAAGAGGAAACGUAUGUGAUAAUAGAUCAGCAGUGUAAGGAUGAGGAAAUCCCUACAGAUAUCAGCACAGCAGAUGGAUGCAGAAGCAGGAAUACCUCCGCGGAACAUCUCAGUUUGUUAUCAGAUUUUAAAAUCAAAGAUAACAUCGUACAAGUUUCUCCAAGACAAACCCCUAUUACACUAAAUAUACAUCCAGUGUUUAACAGGGAAGAUACGUCCUCUGAUCCCUCUAAUCAUAAAGAUUGUUCUGAUCAUUUAGAUGUUGUUACACAUAGGACAAGUCCUACAGAUGCUAAAACGUUCCCCUGUUCUGAGUGUGGUAAAUGUUUCUUACAUCGUUCAGGCUUUGUUAGACAUCAAAGAAGCCACACAGGUGAGAAACCAUUUCCAUGUUCUGAGUGUGGGAAAUGUUUUACAAUGAAGUCACAUCUACUUAUACAUCUGAGGCGUCACACAGGUGAGAAGCCAUUUCUAUGUUCUGAGUGUGGGAAAUGUUUUACACAGAAAUCAGAUCUUGUCAGACAUCAGAGGAUUCACACAGGCGAGUCGCCGUUUUUAUGUUCUGAGUGCGGGAAAUGUUUUACAGGGAAAUUAAAACUUCUUCUACAUCAGAAACAUCACACCGGUGAGUCGCCGUUUUUAUGUUCUGAGUGUGGGACAUGUUUUAAACUGAAAUCAAAUUUUGUCAAACAUCAGAGAACACACACAGAGGAGAAGCCGUUUUCAUGCUCUGAGUGUGGGAAAUGUUUUGCACAAAAAUCAAAUCUUGUUAGACAUCAGAAGACUCACACAGGAACAACAAAAACAUUACCGUGAGGUGAUAGACAAAACAGGCUUGGAACAAUAAUCUAAAUAAUGUAAAAUAUGUUAGUAUUAAUGUAAAUUAUAAAAACAAAAAUUGAUGUAAACUUACAUAACUUAAGUAUAUUUAUACUGGCAUCAUUAAUUUAUGGAGGGUCUUUUAAAACUUUACUCACGUAGUGUAUUAACACGUUACAAUUACCAUCCUUAACCACUUGCCUGGCAUGGUCGCAUCAGAUGCGACCAUGCCUGCAAGUGCUCUAUCUGACCUGGUCGCACAGGAUGCGACCAGUCAGAUAGAGUGUUAGCAGCGGCAGGGAAGAUAAAGUUCCCUCCGCUGCUGCUGUCAGAGGGACCGGAAGGUCCUUCUGCCUCCCCGCACUCUCCCCCUGUGUCUGCCGUGCUGCCAAUCACUGCUGAUCGGUCAGCACGGCAGGAUCACCACCCUCCAGCGGCUGCAGGCAAUGGCAGCCACUUGGGAGAGUAAAUGAACCCUCUCAAGCCACCCCCAGACCCCCCCUCUAUACCUGCAGGCUGCCCUGGCUUUCAAAAUAAAAGCCCCGAUGGUCUCGAUGUUUGGGGGGGAAAUAUUUUUAUUCAAAAAUAUUUUUUUUCCCUAUUUUUUAACUAAAAUCAUUUGGGAUAGGGUUAAAGUCAUGUUCUUCACCUAAUUCACUCAUAAAAACCCCCGACAAUUUCUGAGCGGUUUUCGGCGAAAUAUAUCGUCAGUUAAGUGGUUAAGCAUCAGUGGAAUGUGGUUCAUCAAUAUAAGACUGGGAUGUACUGUAGUAUAGUAGAUGGUACAAUGAUGUUAGGUGACUUUGAAAGAUUUUUUUUUUUUAAAUUGCUUAAAAUUUUUAUUGGUUCAAGUUGAAAUUGGUGUACAUGUACACGUUGCACUACAAAAUGUGCAACACAAAAAAUAAACAGUUAAACAUUAAACAUUCACAAAAGAAGAAAAAUAGCAGCGCUAGAUUCGAUCGUUAACAAAAUGAGAUGGAUUGGGUGAAAAAGGAACGGACACAUCUGUUUUUAUUAUUUUUUUCCGGUGAUCAUAUUGACUUUUAAUUCAUAUUUUAUUAGAGUUUUAAAUAAAUGUUUGAACCUGUUUUCACCCAAUCCAUCUCAUUUUGUUAACGAUCGAAUCUAGCGCUGCUAUUUUCUUUUGUGUAUGGUUCUAGUGAUCAGGAUUGACUAGUCCUGUUUUAUAGCAGCAGCAUUAGAACAGCAACCCCAUCUGCGCCCAAGCAUUAACCUUUGUUAAUUUCCUUUGUCGCAUCCACACAUAGUUUGGCUUGGGCAGCAUGGGUUGUUUUUCUAAUUUCACAGAUAGACUCAGCAGGAGGCAAUCUUAUUUUUCUAGGUGGGAUAAACCCUUUGAUAAUAAAGUUGCUAAUCAUGAUAAUCAAUUAAGAGAGGAAUGUUUUAAAUUGGAGGAUUUAUUGAAAUCUGAAAUUAGGAACUGGUUGGAUACUGUUAAUAUGCAAAAAUAUUUAGACAAGAAGAUUAUCUCCAGGGGCCUAAGGCUUUUAAAACCCUCUAUUUUUCAAGAAAGUGAGGACUAUCAGAACAGGUGGAAUUCACUAUUAGAUAAAUGUUCCUUUAGUCUGAUGGAGCUCGUCAUUGAGUAUAGGACACAGAAACUUAAGAACAUAGAAACUGAAAUUGAGGCCUUGAAGGUUAUUUGGAGCCCCAUAGUCACACCAACGAAUUUAAAGAAAGGGAUGAAGCCAUUACAGAAAGGGUUUCUAAGUUUGAGAAAGCUGUUAUUGAAACCAAAUGUAAAAAGUUCCAACGAGAUAUAGAAGAUUACAAGUCAGAUAGCGUAAGAACUUAUAGACAACAGAGAAAUUCAAGGUUCCAGAACAAUCACUCUGCGGUAGAGUAUAGCCCACGUCAAUAUAGAGCUCCUCACAUGAAUAAACAGCAGGAUACCCCCAGAUUCACAUCAAGAAAUAGGACCAGACAGACACAGCACAGUUAUGGCCCAAUUUCCAAAUACUCCAUUAGAAGAAAACCAUUUGAAGAUGAUCAAAAUAGGACACCAAUAAGAGAAGACAGGACACCCACUAGAGAGUUAGGUGCUAGACCUAAAUCUAAUGCAGAAAGGACAUCUAAACAAGAAUCUCAUUUUUUAGAACAGCGCAGAAAGGGGACACAGUACAAAGACAGAGAAUGGCAGGGAGAAUCAGGAAAGAGGGGAAGAGCGGUCAGCGAAGGGGAAGAAGAGGAGGUCGGAAGGAAGCAUUCAAGAAACUAAAAGCCCUUAGAGAAAAAACAGCCUCAAACUAUUUUUAAUCUAUCUUCCAAAAAACUUACUGGAAAUGAAAUACAAGUGUUGAAUAAGGGCUUAAAAUUCUCCCCUUCUGCCUCCCCCAAUAUUUUUAACUUAUUUGUUGAACUAAAUCGCUUUGUUAGGACACUUUGUAGAAAAAAAUAUUUUGCAAGGCAAGCCCUCCUCAAAAAUAAAGAUGACUCCUAUCCGAUAGUUCUUGACACAGAGGAUGUAACAGCUUUGGAAGCACUAACUGAUCUUCUAGAUGAGAACUCCACGAGUACUAUUGAGCCAAUAAAAUUAUUUGACAUUAACACAAGACAGAAUAAAUUCAAAAACGGAUCAGAAUUUUACCCUAUAAAAUCGAAGGGCUCAAGUAUCGAUAGUUUUUAUAAAACUACACUAGACGACUUUAAAAGUCUCUGUUCCAAUACUUCAAAAAUGUCUAAGAAACACAAUAACCUUAACAAAUGGGAAAAGCAAGCAAUACGUAAUCUAACUAAGGAUAGUUCCAUUAUCAUAAAGCAGGCAGAUAAGGGGGGAGGGUUAGUCAUACAAGAUCGAGUUGACUAUGUGAAAGAAGCCCUCAGGCAGUUAAGUGAUACCAACUUUUAUAAAGUACUACCUAGGGACCCCACAGCUACCUAUUUGUUGGCAAUUCGGGAUCUUCUAACUGGGGCAUUGGAUGAUAACAUUAUCUCCAAGGAUGAAUAUAACUUUCUUUUGUGCACCCAUUCGACCGUUCCCAUUUAUUAUCACCUCCCUAAAAUCCACAAGUCCCUCACUACACCACCGGGUCGCCCUAUUAUUUCAGGCACUAAUUCUCUCACUUCUAAUUUCUCUAUCGUCCUAAGUGGAUGCUGG